AUGAAAAUACAGAGCGGAAAUAUUUCCUCCCGGCUUUGGUUUUUUAUUCUCUCGUCUUCGGCCUUGUUCUUCUUUUUCUUUGCGUACGACAGCCCCUCCCCGAUGUACUCCGGGCUUAGGGAGAUAUUUGGCGAUAGAUACGAGGAAUACCACAAUCUCCUGUACGCAGCAUACGCAGUGCCGAAUCUGCUGCUUCCCCUGCUGUUUAAUCUGUCGGACAACUCAGAGCCUGCCAAAAUGGUGUACACGUACGCACUCAUUGUCGCUGGGCAGAGCAUAUUCUGCCUGGGCGUGGGGAUGGGCGUGUUUGAGCUUAUGCUUGCAGGCCGCUUUAUCGUUGGGCUGGGCGGAGAGAGUUUCAGCAUAGCGCAAAACAAGAUGCUGGCGUCCCUCUUCUCCCCGCACGAGCACGGGAAAGUCUUUGGCCUGUGCCUGUCCAUUGGCCGGCUGGGGUCUAUACUUGCAUACCUUCUCCUGGGGACCCUCAUUGAGCAGGGGGCUUUUGUGUGCGCUCUUAUUUCCACUGCGCUUGUGUGGCUCGGGGGACUUUUCAUCUUAAUAACGUACAGAAAGUGGGAGGUUAAGUGGCAGGAGUGCUGCGAGCCCCUGGAGGAGGAGGAAGUCCACCACCUCCUGCCGUUUUUCAUCGCCAUGACGGUGCUGCUUGCGUGCGCGACUUCCCCGUUCUCCAGCAAUAACUCGGCCAUUCUCCAGAAGAGGCUUGGCAUAGACUUCAAGCAGGCGAGCAGAGCACUGGCCUUCCAGGAGGCGACUGCCCUUAUAUUUACCAUUUUCAUUAGCAUUGCAACAGACAAGUUCGGGCACCGCCUCAGCUGCAUAUGCCUGGGGACACUUUUUCUCACGCUGGGACACUCUAUGAUAUUUUACUCGAGCCCGUUAUACUGGAUCUCCGUCUUUCUCCUGGGGAUGUCUUCCGCCCUGCAGGCGUGCAGCUGGCCCUGCUAUCCGCUGCUUUUGUCGCAGAGCAAGCUUGCAAUAGGCCUGUCUCUUCUCUCCUGCUUCAUAAACCUCGCCUACUCUGCAUGCCCGCCCAUCAUCAGCCGAAUAUCCGAUCCCUCCUUCCGUGUGUCGGAGUACUGCAGCACCUUUUUUGCCGGAAUGUCUUCAGUCAUUGCGCUAUACAUUGUCUUUGCAAACUCUCGGCACAGAUAUGGCCUGAACGGGAUCCGCCACUACCGCGCCGAAGGAAAAAUAUAG